UGAGAGCUAAGAGGGAAAAAAAUGCGGGAGAGGGAAAGAGAGAACGAGAGAGGAGAGAGAGAGAGUGGGAAGAGCAAGAAGAAGAAGAUGCCGGCGAACAGUUGAUCAGUGGGCCUGCUGCGAAGUGUGUGUUUAAACUCAAAGCAAAAGUUUGUCGUCACACUUUUCGUGGUUCCUCUUUGGUAUAGCGGUGCUGUAACUUCCGUCGCCACUGUUGGGGCUGUGGUGUAACGUUUUACAUCGGCGAAACAAUCAAAGCAUUACAUUACAUUACAGAUCGUGACUUGAUCAAAUUGAACUCAAGAUGGUUGGCAUGGAUCUUCACAUCCACAGACUUUUAGAAACAAGAAACCCAACUUGUCACAACUUAAAGAAUGAGUCUGCGUAGAUAACCGGGAAUUGCGAGUUAAUUUUCAGUAGCUGGAUAAAGGAUUAUUAUAAGAUGACGUCCUUCCAUCAAAUCUACAGUAAAUUCAAAGGAGCUCUGCUAGAGGGAUGGCAGACAGGAGAAGUAGCAGCCCACUUCGGACCAACAGCCUCCCUCGAGUCAAUGUUCAAGUACCUGUCAUCUCUACCGGAAACCCAACAGAUCCUCCAGCCUCCGCCAGGUGACAACCGAAUCAGUCGGAAGGGGGCGGUCGAGGCGGAAAAAUUCCGCAACGAGGGAAACCGGUUUUACCGCGAGAAAAAACUUGACAAGGCUCUUCUAGCCUACAACUACAGUAUCCUAGCCGCUCCCCAUCCCCCCGUGGUCGAUGGGUCGUCCAAUGUCGUGGGAAACGAGUAUGAGGUUCUUGCUCUAGGCUACGCAAAUCGCUCGGCUCUCCUGUACGAGACUGACCAGUACGAAUCCGCCUUAGCAGAUAUCGAGAGAGCCAUAGCCUUCGGUUAUCCGGCCAAUCGCAAACAUCGACUGCAGGAGAGACAAGCCAAAUGCCUUCUGGUUCUUGGGAGGUCGCAAGAGGCCCGUCAAACGUUGGAGGAGGCCAUCAACCUCCUCAAUGAGCUUUCUUUGGAGGAGAAGGAGGCUGCAACUACGUGGGAUUCCAUAACGAAGUUGCUCACAAAAUGCGAAAAUAAAUCCCACGAGACAGAACCUACCACAGGUGCCUAUGACAUGUUGUACUACACAGGACCCACAUGCCCUCCGUGCGUUAUUUCGCCCCAAGCUAACAACCCCUGCAUGAGCAGCGCCCUGAGGAUUGCCUACACGCCAGCCCGUGGACGACAUCUGGUGGCCGAAAGGGAAAUACAGCCCGGCGAGAUAUUGCUGGUGGAAGACGCCCUCACUGCCAUCGUCAAAUUAGACGCCACACUACGAAGCCAUUGCUCAAAUUGCCUGCGACGAGCGCCUAUACCCAUUCCUUGUCCUACGUGCUCACUAGUGGUAUUCUGCAGUGACAAAUGUCGCAGUGUUAGCCUAAGCAGCGGUCACAGAGCAGAAUGUGGAGUGCUAGCCACGUUAGUGGCACUCCAGCUAGACCCAGCUCCUGCAAUAGCAUUCCAUGUCUUAGCAUCGACUAACCUCCCCGCUCUCCGGGAUCAAGUAACAUCCAUUCGAAGAUGCACUGGAGGUGGAUUAAAACCGUUGCUCCAGGUGACUCAGGACUACCGAAGUCUGUACCACCUGGAAGGUCAUGCAACAGCUCGACCAGAGAGUCAGCUGCAAGAAGUAGCUGCUAUGGCUUACAUUCUAACACAUAUAUUGCUUGAAAAAUGCUCACAUUUCCUAACAGACACAAAUGGGUCAAGCAUCACACCCACUGAAGAAGACAUCACGAUGGUUGGGAGCCAGCUAAUGCUCCUCAUUUUAGGUGUUGAGUGUAACGUCCACAGCACAAAAGAGGUAGAAAUACGUAAUAAUAAUAGUGCAACAACAGGAAAACAGACCAGAGGGAAAGAGGUCGGCUGGGCUGUGUACUCUGGGUUGAGCUUAAUAAAUCACUCUUGCAUUCCUAAUUCAUUAACAACUUCUCUGGGUAGUACAAAGUUUUUGUAUAGCAUUAGUAUCAUCCCAAAAGGAGUAGAGAUUACCGACAGCUACGGAGAAAGGUACGUCAGUCACAGCAGGGCAGAAAGGCGUAAAGCUCUUCAAGACCAUUACUUCUUUUGUUGUGGUUGUUCAGCUUGCCAGUCUGAUUGGCCAGUAUACCAAGAACUUCCAGAGAAACCUAGUCUUCGUUGUCCUUCUUGUUGCCAAGUCCUUGUUGGAUUCCAGUGUAUGAUUUGUAAACUUGUUUGUACCUCUGACAAUGCCCUAAAGAAUGGGAUCAAAUUGUAUGAUGCUCCCAAGACCCAAGUGCAAAUAAGUCGUACUUGGUCAGAAUAUUCAAAAGCUGCUGCUCAAAUUCAGCUGGGGAAGAUAAGUGCAGACUUACUUGCUAAAGUACUUGAAAUGUUAACUCUUUUAGAUAAAUACACAGUACACCCAAACAAAGCUUACAUAAGUACUCAAGAGACGUUGAUGACAUGCUUUGAUCUCAUGGGUUCUGUUGUAUACGCAAACCCACCAAAUGCCAGUACUUAAAUGCCAUGAAUGGUGCCAAACUUUGAACAUUUAAGAGUGCUGUGAACUGUAGUGAUAUUUUCUAUCUGUGUUAUAAUAUUACAGUAUAUUUUUUACGUGACUUUUAGAAUAGAAUGUGUGAAGUAGGAUUUAGAUCAAUCUUUUGGUUAAAAAUCUUGUGGAAUUUUCUACAAUGCUUGACUUAGAAUUGUUUGUUGCAAGUUUAUUAGUGACUGAUUGUUCAAAAGUAUUUUCUUAACCAAAUUGCUUACAAAUUCAAAUCAUGUACAGUACAAUAAAAGUUUACUUUGUA